AUGCCUCAGAGCAUGCUGCACGACCUGCUAGGAGGCGACACAGGCAGCAGCUGGCCGCUAGUCGCCAUGGCCUGGGCGCUGCUGCUGCUGGGGGCGGUGGGGGCGGGGCUGGCGGCGGCCGCGCUGCCCCCGGGCCGGGAGGCGGCCGUGCAGGCCGUGUUCCGCCACAUGCUGCACCUGCGGCCGCCGGGCAACCAGACCGCGGGGGCCGCGCCGCCCCCCAGCCACAUGCUGCAGCUGUACCAGCGCUACUCGGCCGGGGGCGGCGCGCCCGCCUCCCGCGGCUCCACCGUCCGGCACAUCCUGCCGCUCCCAGUCAUCACCCCUGGCGGUCCACUGGACUCGGCUGCCUCGCAGACCACGGUCCCACCUAGCGGUCUCCUAGCCGCUCCGCAGCUGCCAGUCGUGCCUGAGGGCUGUUGCCUGGCGCCGGUCACGGUCCCACCUAGCGGUCUCCUAGCCGCUCCGCAGCUGCCAGUCGUGCCUGAGGGUUGUUGCCUGGCGCCGGUCACGGUCCCACCUAGCGGUCUCUUAGCCGCUCCGCAGCUGCCAGUCGUGCCUGAGGGCUGUUGCCUGGCGCCGGUCACGGUCCCACCUAGCGGUCUCCUAGCCGCUCCGCAGCUGCCAGUCGUGCCUGAGGGCUGUUGCCUGGCGCCGGUCACGGUCCCACCUAGCGGUCUCCUAGCCGCUCCGCAGCUGCCAGUCGUGCCUGAGGGCUGUUGCCUGGCGCCGGUCACGGUCCCACCUAGCGGUCUCCUAGCCGCUCCGCAGCUGCCAGUCGUGCCUGAGGGCUGUUGCCUGGCGCCGGUCACGGUCCCACCUAGCGGUCUCCUAGCCGCUCCGCAGCUGCCAGUCGUGCCUGAGGGCUGUUGCCUGGCGCCGGUCACGGUCCCACCUAGCGGUCUCCUAGCCGCUCCGCAGCUGCCAGUCGUGCCUGAGGGCUGUUGCCUGGCGCCGGUCACGGUCCCACCUAGCGGUCUCCUAGCCGCUCCGCAGCUGCCAGUCGUGCCUGAGGGCUGUUGCCUGGCGCCGGUCACGGUCCCACCUAGCGGUCUCCUAGCCGCUCCGCAGCUGUCAGUCGUGCCUGAGGGCUGUUGCCUGGCGCCGGUCACGGUCCCACCUAGCGGUCUCCUAGCCGCUCCGCAGCUGCCAGUCGUGCCUGAGGGCUGUUGCCUGGCGCCGGUCACGGUCCCACCUAGCGGUCUCCUAGCCGCUCCGCAGCUGCCAGUCGUGCCUGAGGGCUGUCGCCUGGCGCCGGUCACGGUCCCACCUAGCGGUCUCCUAGCCGCUCCGCAGCUGCCAGUCGUGCCUGAGGGCUGUUGCCUGGCGCCGGUCACGGUCCCACCUAGCGGUCUCCUAGCCGCUCCGCAGCUGCCAGUCGUGCCUGAGGGCUGUUGCCUGGCGCCGGUCACGGUCCCACCUAGCGGUCUCCUAGCCGCUCCGCAGCUGCCAGUCGUGCCUGAGGGCUGUUGCCUGGCGCCGGUCACGGUCCCACCUAGCGGUCUCCUAGCCGCUCCGCAGCUGCCAGUCGUGCCUGAGGGCUGUUGCCUGGCGCCGGUCACGGUCCCACCUAGCGGUCUCCUAGCCGCUCCGCAGCUGCCAGUCGUGCCUGAGGGCUGUUGCCUGGCGCCGGUCACGGUCCCACCUAGCGGUCUCCUAGCCGCUCCGCAGCUGCCAGUCGUGCCUGAGGGCUGUCGCCUGGCGCCGGUCACGGUCCCACCUAGCGGUCUCCUAGCCGCUCCGCAGCUGCCAGUCGUGCCUGAGGGCUGUUGCCUGGCGCCGGUCACGGUCCCACCUAGCGGUCUCCUAGCCGCUCCGCAGCUGCCAGUCGUGCCUGAGGGCUGUUGCCUGGCGCCGGUCACGGUCCCACCUAGCGGUCUCCUAGCCGCUCCGCAGCUGCCAGUCGUGCCUGAGGGCUGUUGCCUGGCGCCGGUCACGGUCCCACCUAGCGGUCUCCUAGCCGCUCCGCAGCUGCCAGUCGUGCCUGAGGGCUGUUGCCUGGCGCCGGUCACGGUCCCACCUAGCGGUCUCCUAGCCGCUCCGCAGCUGCCAGUCGUGCCUGAGGGCUGUUGCCUGGCGCCGGUCACGGUCCCACCUAGCGGUCUCCUAGCCGCUCCGCAGCUGCCAGUCGUGCCUGAGGGCUGUUGCCUGGCGCCGGUCACGGUCCCACCUAGCGGUCUCCUAGCCGCUCCGCAGCUGCCAGUCGUGCCUGAGGGCUGUCGCCUGGCGCCGGUCACGGUCCCACCUAGCGGUCUCCUAGCCGCUCCGCAGCUGCCAGUCGUGCCUGAGGGCUGUUGCCUGGCGCCGGUCACGGUCCCACCUAGCGGUCUCUUAGCCGCUCCGCAGCUGCCAGUCGUGCCUGAGGGCUGUCGCCUGGCGCCGGUCACGGUCCCACCUAGCGGUCUCCUAGCCGCUCCGCAGCUGCCAGUCGUGCCUGAGGGCUGUUGCCUGGCGCCGGUCACGGUCCCACCUAGCGGUCUCUUAGCCGCUCCGCAGCUGCCAGUCGUGCCUGAGGGCUGUCGCCUGGCGCCGGUCACGGUCCCACCUAGCGGUCUCCUAGCCGCUCCGCAGCUGCCAGUCGUGCCUGAGGGCUGUUGCCUGGCGCCGGUCACGGUCCCACCUAGCGGUCUCUUAGCCGCUCCGCAGCUGCCAGUCGUGCCUGAGGGCUGUCGCCUGGCGCCGGUCACGGUCCCACCUAGCGGUCUCCUAGCCGCUCCGCAGCUGCCAGUCGUGCCUGAGGGCUGUUGCCUGGCGCCGGUCACGGUCCCACCUAGCGGUCUCCUAGCCGCUCCGCAGCUGCCAGUCGUGCCUGAGGGCUGUCGCCUGGCGCCGGUCACGGUCCCACCUAGCGGUCUCCUAGCCGCUCCGCAGCUGCCAGUCGUGCCUGAGGGCUGUUGCCUGGCGCCGGUCACGGUCCCACCUAGCGGUCUCCUAGCCGCUCCGCAGCUGCCAGUCGUGCCUGAGGGCUGUUGCCUGGCGCCGGUCACGGUCCCACCUAGCGGUCUCCUAGCCGCUCCGCAGCUGCCAGUCGUGCCUGAGGGCUGUUGCCUGGCGCCGGUCACGGUCCCACCUAGCGGUCUCCUAGCCGCUCCGCAGCUGCCAGUCGUGCCUGAGGGCUGUUGCCUGGCGCCGGUCACGGUCCCACCUAGCGGUCUCCUAGCCGCUCCGCAGCUGCCAGUCGUGCCUGAGGGCUGUUGCCUGGCGCCGGUCACGGUCCCACCUAGCGGUCUCCUAGCCGCUCCGCAGCUGCCAGUCGUGCCUGAGGGCUGUUGCCUGGCGCCGGUCACGGUCCCACCUAGCGGUCUCCUAGCCGCUCCGCAGCUGCCAGUCGUGCCUGAGGGCUGUCGCCUGGCGCCGGUCACGGUCCCACCUAGCGGUCUCCUAGCCGCUCCGCAGCUGCCAGUCGUGCCUGAGGGCUGUUGCCUGGCGCCGGUCACGGUCCCACCUAGCGGUCUCCUAGCCGCUCCGCAGCUGCCAGUCGUGCCUGAGGGCUGUUGCCUGGCGCCGGUCACGGUCCCACCUAGCGGUCUCCUAGCCGCUCCGCAGCUGCCAGUCGUGCCUGAGGGCUGUUGCCUGGCGCCGGUCACGGUCCCACCUAGCGGUCUCCUAGCCGCUCCGCAGCUGCCAGUCGUGCCUGAGGGCUGUCGCCUGGCGCCGGUACCUGCAGUCCCUGGUUCACGAGCGGGCGCGUGCAGCGCCCAGUGUAACAACCUGACCAAAACAACGCCUUUCAGGAAGGUAACAGACAGUAGCCACCAGUAG